AUAAAGAAAGACAAAACAUUUUCCCUCUUCUUCUGUUUGUCGCAUGAGAGAGAGUCUCUGUCUCUGAGAGCUUUGGAGAUGAAUUUUCAUGGCAAAUUUUACAAAGAAGAAGAAGAAAGAGGAAUUCCUUCUCAUUUCUAUUUGAUUCUUCUCCAUAUUGGUAUUGGGUUUCGAAGAAAAUGAAAGUGAUAUAUGAUUUGAUUGAUUCCCUCUGAAAUUUGAAAGUUUUGUCCUCAUUUCGCCUUUCUUUACUUCAUUUCUUGUGUUUUGUUCAUUAGGGUUCCGUUCCAUUGAGUUUCUGCUUCAUUUUCGUAGAAUAUAUUUAUAAAACAGGUUAAGUGUGGUGGGAGACCGGUUUGCGUAAUUUGUAACUGUUUCUGCGUUGGAUAAGGAAGUUGAAUGACCCUUUUGUGAGAUGGUUCAAAUUUCUUCUACAAAUUUUCUUUUCGGUUCUCCUUUCUAAUUGGGUUUUGUUUUUUUUCUUUUCUUUUCUCUAUUGGUUUCAUCGAUUUUUGUUUGGUUUAUGAUCUGCUGUAUCCGCGAAGUGCUGUUUAGUUGGUAUUGCAUUGAUGAACCACUGAGUUGAGAUUGAGACUGUUUCCCUCCUCUAUGGUUUCGUUGGUACUGCUAGUUUUUAGUUUGAAACGGUGGAUGUUGAUGCAAAUGUUGCUGUGUAGGAGAGUAGAAGUGCUUGUUGAUUGUUGAAGCAGACCAAAUUCUCAUUGGAUCUGUAAGGAUUUUGAAUUAAUUCUGUUGGCAAAAGUCUCUGUGUUUUUCACUGAAUCUGGAGUUAUAUGGUUGAUUGGUGGGGGAGUUUGGUUUGAUGGUCCAUAUUUUGUUUGAGAAUGUGUUGGCAGGUUUGUUUGGUCAUGGGAUUCUGUUAAUUUUUAGUUAAUGAGUUGUAAAAAUGCCAGUUUUGAAGGAUUAUUAGUAGGGUUUCUCCGUUUCUGGAUAUCCGUGACUGGUUACAGUUUUCUAAAGGGUUUCUAAGGAUGAGGAGAACCAAAAUAGAUCCUGCUGGUGGGAAGAGGUUAAAAUUGCCUCAUAUUUUGCUGGCUGUAUCAGUUUUGUACUUGGUUUUUAUAGCCUUCAAGUUCCCUCAGUUCUUAGAGAUUGCUUCUGUGUUCAGUGGGGAUGACAGUUUUGUUGGUCUGGAUGGAUCAGCAGUGGGUGAGGAAGAUUGGGAUACCAGCAAACCCUUCUUUAGUUCUGUUUACAAGGAUACUUUUCAUAGAAAAUUGGAAGAUAAUGAGUACGUGAAUGCACCACUAAUGCCUCGUAAGGAACCAUUCCAAGAUGAGACCGGAAAUUCUCCACCUGUCAAGCCACGUCAGCUGCACUAUGGUCGGAUAACGGGUGAUGUUUUGAGGCAAAUGAAUAAGACAAUGGGUCAGUCUCUGCUGGAGAGAAUGGCUGAUGAGGCAUGGACUCUAGGACAGAAAGCAUGGGCAGAAGUAGAAAAAAUGGAUCCCAAAGAAGCUAAUCCAGGUUCUGUACUUGAGGGGACACCAGAGUUAUGUCCUUCAUCUAUAUCACUAGAUGGAGAAGAACUUGAGAGGGGGGACAAUGUUAUGUUUCUUCCUUGUGGUCUUGCAGCAGGUUCUUCAAUAACAGUGGUGGGGACACCCCAUGCUGCUCAUCAGGAGAUUGUACCUCAGCUUUCAAGAUCAAGACGUAGGGAUUCUAAGGUUUGGGUUUCGCAAUUUAUGGUCGAAUUGCAAGGGCUCAAGGCAGUGGAUGGGGAGGAUCCACCAAAAAUUCUGCAUUUGAAUCCGCGGUUGAAAGGAGACUGGAGCCAUUGGCCAGUCAUUGAACACAAUACAUGCUAUAGGAUGCAUUGGGGUGUGGCUCAAAGAUGUAAUGGUUUAUCAUCAGGCAACAUUGAUGAUAUGUUGGUUGAUGGAUUUGGGAGAUGUGAGAGAUGGAUGCGGAGUGAUAUUGCAGAUACAAAAGAGUCCAAGACUUCUUCUUGGUUCAAGCGAUUCAUAGGACGUAAACAAAAGCCAGAAGUUACCUGGCCUUUUCCUUUUGCAGAGGGUAGAAUGUUUAUCCUGACUAUUCGAGCUGGCGUGGAAGGAUAUCACCUCAAUGUUGGUGGCCGCCAUGUGUCUUCAUUCCCUUAUCGAAUGGGGUUUACUCUUGAAGAUGCAACAGGAUUAGAAAUUAAAGGUGAUGUGGAAGUUCAUUCAGUGUAUGCAACUUCUCUUCCUAAAUCUCAUCCAAGUUUCUCCCUCCAGCAAGUAUUGGACAUGUCAGAGCAGUGGAAGGCCCAUCCUUUGCCCAAAAUUCCCGUACGACUUUUUAUUGGGAUUCUUUCUGCUUCAAAUCACUUUGCAGAGCGCAUGGCAGUUAGAAAAACCUGGAUGCAAUCAUCUGACAUCAAGUCCUCUAAUGCAGUGGCUCGUUUCUUUGUAGCAUUGAAUCCAAGGAAGGAGGUGAAUGCAUUGCUGAAGAAGGAAGCAGCUUACUUUGGUGAUAUUGUCAUUUUGCCAUUUAUGGAUCGGUACGAACUUGUUGUUCUUAAAACUAUUGCCAUCUGUGAGUAUGGGGUUCAGAACUUGACUGCUGCACACAUCAUGAAAUGUGACGAUGAUACCUUUAUUAGGGUGGACACUGUCUUAAAUGAAAUUAAGGCUAUCUCUCACAAGAAGUCCCUUUAUAUGGGCAAUCUGAACCUUUUGCAUAGGCCUCUCAGAAAUGGUAAAUGGGCAGUUACUUUCGAGGAGUGGCCGGAAAAUGUAUAUCCUCCUUAUGCUAAUGGACCUGGAUACAUAAUUUCGGGCGAUAUUGCAAGAUUUAUUGUCUCCCAACGUGCCAAUCAAAGCUUAAGGUUGUUCAAGAUGGAGGAUGUUAGCAUGGGAUUGUGGGUUGAGCAAUUCAACAGCACCAGAACCGUCCAGUACUCCCAUAACUGGAAAUUUUGUCAGUAUGGGUGUUUGCAGGACUACUACACUGCACAUUACCAGUCGCCCAGACAGAUGAUCUGUUUGUGGGAUAAGUUGUCCAGAGGCCGGGCCAACUGUUGCAACUAUGGAUGACAAUGAGUGGCUGUGAUCAUUGGAGGCUCCCAUAGCAUGAUUUAUUUUCCAUCGAAUAUUUAUAUACUCAAAAUCACUUCUGUAGAUCAUUGUAACAUUACACACGGAAAAUUUUGUCCUCAUCUCCUACAAUUGAAAGAUGCCAGUUAGAAUCUUUCAACUGUUGGAAAAGAACAUUGUAUUUAGUGGAGUUGUCACAGCUGAAGUAUUAGGUUCUGGCUUAUCUGCAGUUUAUGCCAAAAAUGUACAAGUAUAGUGUAUAUUUUUUUCAAAACUAGCAAUUGAUGAAAAUAUCACUGAGAACUACGAAAAUUUCAUUA